GACUGGCCCACGUUAUCGGAUCAUUUUAUGCUUGCAGCCGGGAGUGAUUGUCUUAUCGGCUAAAGCUUCUGAGGUUGUCUGGUUUUACGUACCGAGAUGAGCAGUGAGCAGAGAUACUCCUCCUCGUCAGAUGACGAUGAUGAAGUCGUUGGAUCCCUGACUUCCAGAUUCUCCAGUCUGAGCAUACCGCCUUCAAAUGGCGCCUCUAGUCGGCCUAACCUCGACUCAAGAGGGCGGUGCGACCCCGAACUCUCAGACCGCCUGCGCAAAGACGCCUGGAAGGCCAGUGCGGAAGAUGGCCUACUAUUCGAUUCUCGCGACUAUCCCGAAGAGGAUCGCUCUAAACUUCUGGAAUCGUUUUUCGAGACCAGUGCGCCAUCGAAGGUGAAACGGUCUGAGGGUAUAGGCUGGAUCCGAAUCCUAUCCCCGAGCUUUGAAGAUAAGGAAGUGGAUCAGGAGGGGCUGGACUCAGACUGGGAAAAGCUCCAGAAAUCUGGGAAACCCAUCAACUUCGAUGCAGUCACAAAACUUGCAAAAUCGUACAGCUGCUUGGUUGGAAUCUGGCUUCUCUUUUUUGACACUGGAGACCCGGUCGACACCGCGUGGAAGAAAAUCGCCACAGCUACGGCGAAGGAUGAGCUGGGCACGCACGCUAAGGUGACGCCUUACGAGGACGCCGGGGAAGGGAAGACCCUGCACGGAACGCAGCACGCCAUCAGCGUCUACACUGCGGACUUCAGCGACAAGGAAGACGUAAUGAGACUGGAAGGUAUCCUGAGAGGGAUGGGGAUGAAGUGCCGUAUGGCCUACAAGCCCAGUGUCUACUCCAAGCUGGGUCUGUACUCGCAGAACAAGUGGCGGCUGAGGCCCGGUAUCUAUUCAUCUCAGUGGGAUGCAAUCAAGCGUGUUGGCAGCAUCAGAGACAGCACCAAAGCCCGCGAAACUUUCUUCUUGAACUUUCAGUAGCGUGAAUCGAGAGUGCGAUUAGAGCAAGCCAGUUGGCUUUACAGAGCGAGCUUUGUCUUUCACUGCGCUGGUAGAAUGUCGGAUUUUGUAAUGAGAGUAUACCUUAAGCUCUUCUCAUUUCGAAAAGAACAGGCCUUACGCUAUAUUCAUUUAUAUAAAGAUAUACUAUUAAGCCUAUUAUGCAAACAAACUGAACUAAAUGCACGCUUACCUAUAGGCUAUGCGACUCCUCUUUAAAAAAAAUCGUUCUGCCAUUGUGAUAAAGACAAUUUUGAAAUUUAGUUGAGUAUCGUGCAAAUAAAUCAAUUAAGAAAUUUGCUUAGCAACAGUUAUCAAAUCAGCAAUAUUUCUCCAGAAGUACAGCUUCUUAAAUUAAGAGAAAUUCAAUGUGUUGGAAACGAUAGCCAUUUCAUAGUUUGUCGAAUGUGUUGGAAACGAUAUCCAACUCCUAGUUUGUCGGAUGAAGUGAACUACAAAGUCUGAAGUAAAGAAACCGCAGAAUAUUUUUUUCCUUCUAAAAUAUACGCAGAGUAAUGUCUUUGACACAUCGACUUUAUAUAUGAAAGUUAUUAUCAUUUAUUGUAUCAGCAGAAAUUCAAAAUAUACCAGCUCAGUUAGGUGUCGCUUAAUGUUUUUAUUUUUUAUUCCAACUAGAAUAUCAAUAGAUAAGUCGACUAACACAAUAUUGAUAAUAUAACUAGACGGUAAUGGUGUUUUUUUUUUAAGUUAUUUUAGAAUCGAGUCUUUAAAAAGAAUGAGGUGUUUUUUUUUUAUAUAAUGGAUGCAAUGGAGGAUUGGUUUUAUGAAGGCUUCCGUAAUCCCCUUUAGAAAAUCAUGGAUCUGCAACCGAUGGUGUAUUUUUUAAAAUGAAAAUGAAAGAAAGUGUAGUUAAUAUGUCGGUGAUUAAAGGGCAGUGCAAUUAU